GAGGGGUGCUCACAUAGAAACUCAAGUGUCCAAGGAAUUACAAAGGAAACCCAGAGCCUAAGCACCACAAUGGCAACAACCAAGUCAUCUUACAGAAGGAUUUUCGGGGGAAACCCUAGGUCGAGCUCCUCUGGAAAUCGCUAUGUGACCUCCAGCACCAGGUAUUCCCUGGGCAGUGCCAUGCGCCCAGGCGCAGGCAGCAGCAGCAGCAGAGUUGUCUAUUCCACAUCUGCCUCCCCUGCUGUAUUCAAGUCCUCCUCGGUAAGGCUGAGAAGCAGCCUUCCCCCAGCCAGGCUGGCAGACACAGUGGACUUCACCCUAGCAGAUGCUGUCAACCUUGAAUAUAAAGCCAACAGGACCAACGAAAAGGCUGAAAUGCAAGAGCUAAAUGACAGAUUUGCCAACUUCAUCGACAAGGUGCGAUUCCUGGAGCAGCAGAACAAGAUCCUUGUGGCUGAGCUGGAACAGCUGAAAGGGAAGGGAACCUCACGGAUAGGGGACCUCUACGAGGAGGAGAUGAGGGAGCUCCGUAGACAAUUAGAUCAAGUGACCAACGCUAAAGACCGAGUAGAAGUAGACAGAGACAACCUGGCCGAUGACCUCCAGCGACUGAGAGAAAAGCUACAAGAUGAAAUGAUCCAGAAGGAAGAAGCAGAAGGCAACCUGCAGUCAUUUAGACAGGAUGUGGACAAUGCCUCUUUGGCACGUAUUGACUUGGAGAGGAAAGUGGAGUCUUUACAAGAGGAGAUUGUUUUCCUGAAGAAACUCCAUGAUGAGGAAAUCCGAGAACUUCAGCUUCAAAUUCAGGAGUCACAUAUCCAGGUUGACAUGGAUGUGUCCAAACCGGACCUCACUGCUGCCCUGCGUGAUGUCCGCCAGCAGUACGAGAAUGUGGCUGCUAAAAAUCUUUCGGAUGCCGAAGACUGGUACAAGUCUAAGUUUGCGGACCUGUCGGAAGCUGCUAAUCGCAACAAUGAUGCCCUGCGUCAAGCUAAGCAGGAUGCCAAUGACUACCGCAGACAGAUCCAGACUCUCACCUGCGAGAUUGAUGCAAUGAAAGGAUCUAAUGAGUCUUACGAACGCCAAAUGCGAGAAAUGGAGGAGAAUUUUGCCGGAGAAGCUGCUAAUUAUCAGGACACUAUUCAGCGCCUGCAAGAGGAGAUCCACAACAUGAAGGAAGAGAUGGCUCGGCACUUGCGAGAGUACCAGGAUCUGCUCAAUGUUAAGAUGGCCCUUGAUAUAGAGAUUGCUACUUACAGGAAACUCCUGGAGGGAGAAGAGAGCAGAAUUACUGUUCCCGUACAUUCCUUUUCUUCAAUGAGCCUUAGAGAAACCAACCUUGAUUCGCACCCAGUGGAAAGCCAUUCCAAACGCACUCUGCUCAUCAAGACUGUGGAGACAAGAGAUGGACAGGUUAUUAAUGAAAGCUCUCAGCACCAUGAUGACCUGGAAUGAAACUGAAAUAUCCAAAGCAAAGCGGAGAACCUUUACCAGCACCGUAAUACUGUUACCUGUUUUAAAGUUUGAAGAAAACCAGCUUUCAAGUGCCUUUUGCAGUAAAUUGGAGAGCACAAGAUAGGGAUAAGCUAACUGCUAAUUAGGAGUUUGGUUUGAGUGACAGCCCUUGAGAAGGUCACACAGCGAGCUUCCUUCUGUCUAGUUUACAGACAAUGUAAUAGCAAAGAUCUUGUGCCGCAAUACUGUUUUUACAUUCCCAAGAAAAAAGCUUUUUUUAUUUCCAGGCAAUGUGCAGCCAGUGCUUCAAUAAAUCUUUAGAAAUAA